GCAGCCGCAUAUAUUGCUCGCACUCUCCCACAGUCCGCCACAUCUGGUAGCUGCCCUCUCCAUUCUUUUAUCCUCACUGACCUAACGCCGCCACACAUCCGACGCCUCCACGGCUGCGCUCCGCCGUCAUGAGCACCGGCGUGUCCCCAUAUCGCCUUACCCGUGUAGAUCCGGGGGAGAUAUGCGCCCCACCAACAGCUCGCGACCUGCGGUGCCGCUUCGGGCUGCCGGCGGCCGGAGGGCCGGACCUUGCGGAAGGAGUUAGUUACCUUUCGGGCCUGGCGCUUCGGGUUCGGGGAGCACAUCCUUGCGAGGUGGGGACCUGCCCCGGCGCCGAUCUGCCGGUAUCGGUGGCUCUAGAUGUCGACGCCGCCGAUGCGCCGGCCUCGGCGACGGGGCAGACCGAAGUGGCUCUGACGGCGGAGCGCAUCCUUCCGAGGUGGCUCUUGUAACCUGCCUUGGCGCCGAUGUGCCGGCCUCGGAGGAUUUCGCUGCCGAAGCAUGUACAACAUACUCGGAUCGCCUGAAGGGAGCACGCCAUCUCUCACCGCCAGGGGACGCGUGAUCUCCGAUAGAAGGCGCUGCCUUCGUAUCUCCCACCUGUUCCACCAUGCCGCGGAAAGGUACCCAUUAUCUUGUCAACCCUGUAACUUUGCCCACUAGGCUGCAUGAGCGCAAUGCACCACCUCCAGAGAAGGUCAAUUUCAAAGAUCGGAAGCGUUAUGUUGAUCCUCCAGAGAAUAUUCAUUAUGCAGGCCCAGAACCGAUUGUGGAGAAAAAGCUUACUGUGAAAGAUUAUUACCAAACUGAGCUGUCUGCGUUGGAGGGAAACAUCGCUGCUCUUCAGGACAGAGUGGCUGAAACCAUCAGGGAUCCUGACCUACGUCCAGCUGAUGCGAAAAGAGUGGCUCGGAAACUUGGUCAAUGCAAGAAAUACUUGAAGUCAGUUAAGGAAGGUCUGAUGGAUUUUGAAGUAGAGGCUGCCCAGGAGCAGGAAGCGGAAGCUGCUCGGCAGGAUGGGCGGGCUGCUGCCAAGCAGGAAGGACUGGAGGCUGUGCCUCCACAGGAAGGGAAUGGUGGCAAGGAGUAGGAUGGGGAGGUCAAGACGCCAAGGGUGAAAAAAGGGCUCUACAUCCAUCGGCAGAUACCUCUCUACUGCAGCAUAUUACUUCUGCUGAUACCUCGCUACUGCAGCAUAUUACUGCUGCUCCCUUCAUUUGGUUGACAGUUUUUGUAGUUGUUUGGUAGGGCUACGCUUAAAUGACACUUGAGGCUGAGUAACUAAGUGAACUUGUGAAGAUGGAUACUGGGUGGUGUUUUGUGAAUCACGAUAGUUCUUUUUUCCCGCUGCAAUUGUUGACGUGCAAUUGUGGGUUUUGUUUGAAAAUACAGUUUUGCUUAUCAGUUCCAAUCUCUAACAUCUGUUUGCUUUCUGUA